CUUUUUUCUGUGAGUUCAAUCUGACUUCCAAGGCCAAAACAGCUUGGCGCCACAAGUCUUAAUCUAUCUGUAUAUCUAGGUGAUCUCGCCUAAAUAGACUGUAUAUCAGAUUCAAGUCCUGGCCUUAGUCGUUUCACGUUUCAUAGACUGUUCGGCAUGAGGUUAUCGGUGGUCUUGCUUCUUGCAGUGGCCCACGUCCUGGGACUCAAUAUUCCGGAAAAAAAUUACUCCGAAAGACAAUACUUUGUUGUGGAAAUAGAUACACUGGCGUCUCUCUCUCCUCUACAGACCUUUAUCACCAGGUUCAACGACUGGGUCAGGUUCGAGCAUCCUGCUCGUGGCUUAGACGACCAUUUUGUAUUCUCGUCUUCCAAAACACAUGACUACACAGAAAGUUUAGGCAACUACAAUUCCAAUGAAUACGACCUCAUCAAGCGCUCAAAUGGCUUUGAGGACGAAUAUGAUGAGUUAACGAGCUUUCCGAAUUUGAAGCUGAUACAUAUGCUUCACCCAAAGACUCUCGAAAAGAGAUUGCCGGUUUUUCUAGACCAGCCAGUGGAGCGCAAGCCUGAAAAUUCUUAUCAUCUGAGAAAUACUCGUCGUCUCGACAUCAUAGACUCUUCUCAAGAACCGGCAAAGGAAGUCAGCGAUAAACUUGGGAUUGAGGACCCUCUUUUUCUUCAACAGUGGCACUUGAUCAAUACAAACUAUCCUGGGCAUGAUGUUAAUGUAAAGAAAGUAUGGUAUGACGGAAUUCGAGGAAAGGGUAUCACGGUGGCAAUCGUCGAUGAUGGCUUAGAUUACGAAUCUCCUGAUCUUCUGGAAAAUUUCAGCAAAGAGGGGCUGUGGGACUUCAACGACAACGGAGCAUUACCCAAGCCUCGUCUUUUUGAUGACUAUCACGGCACACGCUGUGCCGGCGAGGUUGCUGCUGUGAAGAACGAUGUCUGUGGUCUUGGCGUGGCGUACGAAAGUAAAGUUGCUGGUAUCAGGAUUCUCUCGGGUUCGAUUACCUCGGAGGAUGAAGCUGCUGCAAUGAUUUACGGCUUGGAACAUAACGAUAUUUACUCCUGCUCGUGGGGACCCACUGAUAAUGGAAGAACCGUUUCUGCGCCAGAAAGUUUGGUAAAAAAGGCGAUGAUUAAAGGAAUCCAAGAAGGGCGUGCGAACAAAGGAGCCAUUUAUGUCUUUGCAAGCGGAAAUGGUGGCCGUGUUGGAGAUCAGUGUAACUUUGAUGGGUACACUAACUCCAUAUACUCCAUUACAGUUGGGGCUAUUGACCAUAAAGGUCUACACCCCCCAUACGCUGAGGCCUGCUCUGCCGUGAUGGUGGUCACUUACAGCUCGGGCUCAGGGGAACAUAUUCAUACAACAGAUAUUCACGAAAAAUGUUCGGCGCAGCAUGGUGGUACAUCUGCUGCUGCGCCAUUGGCAGCAGGUAUUUAUGCAUUGGUCUUGCAAGCCAACCCAGAACUAACAUGGAGAGAUACGCAAUAUUUGAGUGCCACAGCCGCUGUCCCAAUCAACGAACAUGAUGGCGACUACCAAAUGACUGCGUUUGGACAAAAAUACUCCAACAAGUAUGGUUUUGGUAAACUUGAUGCCGAAGUCCUUAUCGAGCAGGCCAAGGCCUGGAAGAAUGUAAAGCCCCAAGCAUGGCACUAUUCUGACCUACAAACUGUCAACCAAAAACUCAAACCAAAACGUGGAGAAGAGUCAAGCAUUAUUUCGAGUAUUAUCACAGUCACCAAAGAGAACUUACAAGUCAUGAACUUUGAGCAAGUUGAACACGUAACAGUCAAAGUGAAUAUUGGGUCACAAACAAGAGGUUUGCUUGAUGUUAAACUUGUUUCACCAUUUGGUGUGGUCAGUCAGCUUACAAAAAAGCGUGAAUACGACACAGCCAAGAAAGGUCUUGAGAAUUGGACAUUCAUGUCUGUUGCGCAUUGGGGAGAAACAGGCUUGGGCGACUGGAAACUUGAAGUAUCAACAACUCUGGGAAAUGAAAUAAUCGUCAAAAAUUGGCAACUCAACUUCUUCGGUGCCUGCGUCGACCCGGAAAAGGCCGAGAAAUAUGACUUGGAUCAGGAUUAUGCUAAGAUUCGUCGUAAAAGAGAGAGUGCUGCUGAAGAAAAACCUCCUAUCAUUCAGUCUAGUGCCACCUCGCAAUCAACGUCCAUUUCCUCGACUUCCGCUAGCAAAUCAUCCCAACCAAGUAAAGAGACUUCUUUAUCACAUGGUGGAUCUUUGGUCUCAACGGGAACCUCUAUGUCUACUGCUUUACCAUCAGAAGAUAAUGUUGAGGAACCAGAUGAGCCCGAAGGACAGGAUCAUACGGGAAAAUUCCUUUCAUCUGAACAUAUGGGCCAAUACUUCAUGUUGUUGGCAGUCCUUGGGUUCAUUUUUGUCCUUGUCAUGAUGAAAUGGCACAGAAACCAAAGCAGUACAAGAAGACGCAGGCGAGACUUCGAAUUUGACAUAAUCCCAGGGGAAGAUUACAGCGAUAGUGAUGAUGAUGGAGAGGCUUUCGAACUCCAAACUCCCUCGCAGGAAGAUCUUGAGAGAGAAAGACUUUUUGACGACUUUAAUGUUGAGUCGCUCCCAGACUACGAUGAUGAUGCUUUUCAAGUAGGUGAUGAAGAUGAUUUUGAUAAAAGUCAUGAAGAGAGAACAGGGGACGUAGCGGAGGGUCACAGCGUGGAAAUAUCCGCUGUGGGAGAGACUGAAAACGAGAAUGAAAAUCAGGGAACUUAAUGUUUGCCAAAUGCCAGGAAUGUCCAUCCUAUCAAAAUCUAUAGACAAAUGCUAGAGCUUGCACCAAAAGUUGUGUAUAUAUUAGUAACUCUAUCGUAGAAGGUUGAGCUCUCCUACCAAGUGAAACAGAUGUAAAAACAGCUGUGUUUUUUAUUGGAGUUUGAAUAAACUACAGAUUUAUCUUCAUACCUAAGAUCCCAAA